AUGAGUAGAUCUCCUCCAGGCAAAUGGAGAAUCAUACAAAAGAGUCGGUCGAAUCUUGCUGCAGUUCCGACUGCAUUGGCUUAUACGAUAUCUGCUCUCUACUCGUGUCUUGCUACAAUGGUUCUCGUUUCAUCGGAAUCUGAAUAUAAUUAUGGAUAUACACUCGCCAACUACCUGUCUUACGUAAUGAACUUCAUCCGGGACAUGUUUAGAUGGAAAAAACGUGCGAGCAAGAGCGGAAUGAAUAAGGUUGAGGUCAAGAAGGAUACGUACAACAUAGAAGUUGCAGAGGAAGAUGUCGCGAGAAGACUUUUGGAUCUUUGCUUCGAAUCAUAA